CGAAGAGAACAGGGUGGACGCAGUGCAGUAAGAGCAGAUGGGCGGACCCAAAUUCCUUCCGCUUUACAGUUUUGCAGAGGUCCAGCUUGCAUCUAGAGCUGAGGCGAGGGGUGGAGGAUGAGGGGGAGAGGCGGGAAGGGGAGGGACUGCACUCCUUCGGUGCGUGCCCAGCCUCGACUGCCUGACGGACCACCUUCCGUUCCAACAUGGCCAGUUCCUCCACGCCGUGACUCACGCCUAUCGUGCCAGGCUGGACGCGCUCAGCCUCGCGGCCCCACAGGUGGCAUCGGCUAGGCGAGACGGUUCCCGCCAGGCUAGGCAGUGGAGCGCCGCACAGCGCGCCUUCCCGCCUCCCAGCCGCCGCCCAAGCAGUUCCGACCCAGCGCCAGCAGGCCUGGUCGGUCGAUCUUCGAGCCGAAGAUGCGGCGGGGUUGGAAGAUGGCUCUGUCCGGGGGGCUACGGUGCUGCCGCCGGGUCCUUUCCUGGGUACCAGUGCUUGUUAUUGUCCUCGUCGUGCUCUGGUCCUACUAUGCCUACGUCUUUGAACUCUGCCUGGUGACUGUUUUGAGCCCAGCAGAAAAAGUUAUCUACCUCAUACUCUACCAUGCCAUCUUUGUGUUCUUUGCCUGGACCUACUGGAAGUCUAUCUUUACACUGCCACAGCAGCCAAACCAGAAGUUCCACUUGUCCUAUACAGACAAAGAGCGCUAUGAAAAUGAAGAGAGACCUGAGGUUCAGAAGCAGAUGCUUUUUGAUAUGGCCAAGAAGCUACCAGUUUAUACGAGAACCGGGAGUGGAGCUGUGCGAUUCUGUGACCGGUGCCAUCUGAUCAAGCCAGACCGCUGCCACCACUGCUCUGUCUGUGCCAUGUGUGUAUUAAAAAUGGAUCAUCACUGCCCUUGGGUUAAUAACUGCAUUGGAUUUUCCAACUACAAAUUCUUCCUUCAGUUCUUAGCUUAUUCUGUUCUCUACUGCCUGUACAUUGCUACAACAGUCUUCAGCUAUUUCAUCAAAUACUGGAGAGGGGAAUUGCCCAGUGUUCGCUCUAAGUUCCAUGUCCUUUUUCUCCUCUUUGUGGCCUGCAUGUUUUUUGUCAGCCUUGUGAUUCUCUUUGGUUACCAUUGUUGGCUUGUCAGCAGAAACAAAACCACCUUAGAGGCCUUCUGCACUCCAGUGUUUACAAGUGGCCCAGAGAAAAAUGGGUUUAACCUUGGCUUCAUCAAGAAUAUCCAGCAAGUGUUUGGAGAUAACAAGAAGUUCUGGUUAAUACCUAUUGGGUCCAGCCCUGGUGAUGGACACUCCUUCCCUAUGAGAUCUAUGAAUGAGUCACAGAACCCACUGCUAGCAAAUGAAGAACCCUGGGAAGACAAUGAGGAUGACAGCCAAGAUUAUCCAGAAGGCUCAUCAUCUCUUGCCGUGGAAACGGAAACAUAGCAGUUUUCACAUUUCCUGCAUCUCUCAGACAGGAUCCACCAUCUCCCAUGAGGCUUACAGAGUUCAGUGUUGGGAACCAUUCUAAUCUUCAAAAUAAGUCACCAUGUUGGAUUGAAACCUUCACAAUUUGAAAGCAUUCCAUCAAAUACUUGCUGUGCAAAUGUUUCAGGACUUUACAUUGAAAACUGACUGAACUCCAAUUUGGUAGCAGUUAAUUCAAGCCAGUUUUCCUUUCUUUCUUCAUUUCCUUUCCCCAAUCUGUGAAAGCCUAAAUGUAAAAUAUAUAUUUUUUCAUUCAUUUUAUCAGGUAAAAGGGAAUUCAGAAGACUUCCUUGGAGUCUUUAAUUCCCAUAGAAAGACUAUUAAUUAUAUUUAUAGGGUCUUUUGGUGAUGAGGGGUAUCAGACUACAUUUGCUGCUUGUGUGCAUGUGCACUUAGAAACAUGUGUAUGUGCAGCAUAUCUAUACAAAAUUCUGCUAUCGUGUUGUGAAAAUUAAGGUUAAAAAAUUGGAGGCAUUUAUUUAAUCAUGCUUCUUCUCUAAAUAGCAAUUUAAAUAUUUGCUGAGCUUUAAACCAUCGCUACAUCAGGUAUCUAAAAUUUGAGAGGGUGAUUCAAUACACAGUGACCAAGGUCUUCAAAUUGGGAAUCGAAUUAGCUGUUGAGAAGAUCAAAUCAGAUCAGGUCAGGACUUCUACUUUAUUAAAUAUAACAAUUAGUGUUUUAAAGACCUUUAAUGCCAGGCUGUGGUAAAAUUCUCCAAUUACUUUUAUUCAUUUAUCUCCUACUUAGCUUUAUUUUAGCCUUUAUGAAUUAUUUUUAUGGUGAAAGAAAAACUACAAGCCUAAAUUAUGGACCACGGGUUUUGUUAAGGGUUUUUCAGGGUCGUUUUCAGGUUUAAUGACAAUACUAUUGGUAAGCGUAAAGUUUCACAGCUGACAUUAGCCUGAAGAUUAGCACUAAAAAUGUGUUUUCACAGCAAGGGUUAAUGUACAGAUAGUGAUAACCAAAUAUGCCAAUCCACCCUUCCUUCCUUCCUUCCUUCCUUCCUUCCUUCCUUCCUUCCUUCCUUCCUUCCUUCCUUCCUUCCAUCUUUCCUUCCUUUUUUUCUAACUUCAGUGGUAGUUUAGCCAUUAAAAUAGUUUACGUCCAUUGCCAUUUAUUUAUAAUCAGCCUGUUUUUCAGUCCUAGUGCCUGAAUCAAUGAGUAUGAACACUAAUGCUGCUUCUUUAUAAUAAUAAUACCUAAGAGUAUUGAUGUUUUUCAUUUUUCAACCAGCACUCCAGUGCCCACCUGCUGACAAUAAAAGCUCACAGCUCUUACAGAGAUCAGUGGGAGUUAGAGGCAUUUUACAGAUAUCAAGGAAUUGAGCUUCUAGAGGGAUUGUUACAUUUACUAAAUUAUCUUCCCCCCAAAAAAUCUUCUUGAGUAAAAGAGAGUUGCCGUCCACAAAUAAUUCAGUAUUGGGGCUCCAGUGGAGCUGAGAAAAUGGGAAGUCCAGCUUUUUAAAGCAAAAACAAAACCUAUUCAUUUGGACCUCCUAGGUAACUUUCACCAAGGUGAGUUUUUUUUUUUUUUUCUUUUUUGAGACAGAGGCUCAGUCACCCCAGCUGGAGUGCAGUGGUGUCGUCA